AUUUUAUUUUAUUUUUUCCCCUUUUUUAGUCAUAAGAGGCCUUUACUUAAGAGCUUGGAAAACGACGUUUUAUUGCGGAAAGAACCACCAGUUUCAUUUCGAGUUUUGUUGGCCGAGUUUGAGACAAUAAGGCCACCUGGGAAAAAUCUCUCCAUUUCCCAUUCCCCAACAUACACACACAACAGAGAGAAAAAAAGAAGAGACAACCAUGGAGACUGCGAUUUGUGGAAAACUUGCUCUAUCUCCCAACCACGUCAUCAAUCCUAAACCAGGGGAUAAACAGUCUCUUUGUAGAGGACCAUGUCCGAGUAUUGGCAUUCACGUGGCUGUAUCGACAACGGGGCCAGGUAAAGGAGGAGGUGUUCUGGAGAGACCAGCUAUAGGGAAAACUCCUGCCCGUGAAUCAGAGUUCGAUGUGAGGAAAUCAAGGAAAACAGCACCGCCAUAUCGCGUGAUACUGCACAACGACAACUUCAACAAACGGGAAUACGUCGUCCAAGUACUGAUGAAGGUUAUCCCUGGGAUGACUCUUGACAAUGCUGUGAAUAUUAUGCAAGAAGCACACUACAAUGGCUUGUCCGUGGUGAUCAUAUGUGAUCAGGCCGACGCCGAAGAACACUGCAUGCAACUGCGGGGCAAUGGACUUCUUAGUUCGAUCGAGCCUGCUAGUGGUGGCUGCUGAUGACACACCAGGGAAGAAGGCCCUUUUGCUUUGAAGACACGUUACCUCUCAAGUAUUGGAUGCUGUAUAUAAACUCAAAAUGAACAUAUCCGUAUUGAAUGUUUGUCAUCCUAUAGUCAAAUUAAGACAAGGGGAUGGUGGAGUUAUCAAUAAAAGUGACUUAGUUCUGUAGUUUGGAAUCAUCUUCUCUUUCUAAGAUUAUAAGGACUAAACUGAAUAGUGCUAAGCCUUUACUUUCUUUGAUUUCCUCAUUUUCAUUGAAUUAUAUAUGUUUGUUUCAUUGAAAAAGGAACGCAGGCAUGGCAUAAAAUUUGCUGCA